AUGGCUGGAGGUAGACGCGCUAACAAGGUUAUUGAUUGCGAGAAUACCCUCGAUCAGGAAGUAGUUGCUGUUCCGACCAGAUCCGAGGCUCCGGCUAAAGGCCGCGGCAAGGCUACCAAGAAGGCUGCUGCCGUCGAUGCCGACAGCCCGCUUGCGGAACGAAGGCCAAGCAUUGAGAACGAGCUUCUGGCAUUGACAGCCAAGCUGGAGCAAGUGACUUUGGAGAAGCAGAAGAACGACCAGAUUCUGGAGGAGAAGAACGCGGCACUUCAGGCCAAGGCUGAGGAGAACGAGCGCCUGGCUCGUGAGCUGAAGAAGCUUCAGAAGCACAAGCCGUUCGAGCCUGUUCUGGACCUUGAUCUCUCUCUUGAAAGCGAGGAUGGCGACAAGAAGGACAAGGAUCCACGCAAGCCCAAGCGUCCUACCUCCUCUUACGUCCUCUGGUGCAACGACGUCCGCGAGAAGGUGAAGGCGAAGAACCCCACCGCUUCCGUCACCGAUCUUGCCAAGAUCUUCGGCGAGAUGUGGAAGACCGUCUCUGCGGAAGAGAAGAAAAAAUACGAAGCCAAGUUCAACGAGGAGAGCGAGGAGUACAAAGCUAAGAAGGCUGAAUAUGACAGUAUGAUCGAGAGAGAGAACAGGGAGCAGGCUGCACUCAAGAAGCUUCAUGGGGAAAGGAAGAAGGAAGCAGCUUUGAAACUUCUGGAGCAGUACGAAGCUCAUCAGAAGGAGGUCGCCGAGUCAGCUGCGAAUGACAAGAAAAAGACGAAGGACCCUGAGAAGCCCAAGCACCCGUUGUCAGCCUUCAUGCUGUACUGCAACGAGCGCCGCCCGCACCUUGUUGCGGAGCGGUCGGCUGAGAAACGUGACCCGAUCGAGGAGUCGAAGCUGCUGGGCGAGGAGUGGAACAAGAUCAAGGGCUCCAAGAAGGCCGAGCGGUUCGAGAAGCUGGCCUUGAAGGAGAAGGAGCGGUACGCCAAGGAGAUAGACGCGUACAACUCGAGGAAGCAGGAGGCUGAUAAGCUUGUCGCCGACCAGGUCGCGGCUGAGAAGCAGAGGAGACACGAGGAGGAUUUGAAGGAGGCUGUCGCGCUAAUGGAUCAGGAGGACAUGGCGAAGAAGCAGCUGGAGAUGCAGGUCGCCAAGCAGGUGGCAGCAGUUUCCAAGAAGCAACAGCCGGCACCUGCAGCUGAGACGAAGAAGGCGGCCAAGGACCCCAACAAGCCCAAGAGGCCCAUGUCUGGGUACCAACUCUUCUGCUCUGCUGGCCGCGCCAAGCUGGCGGAGGCCAACCCAGGCGUGUCGUUCGGUGCUCUGAGCCAGCUUCAAGGCAAGGCAUGGGGCGAACUGUCGGACGGUCAGAAGGCGGAGUGGAACAACAAGGCCGCUCCCGCCAUGGACGCUUACAAGCAAGCCAUGGAGAAGUACAAGGCCGAGAACCCCGCCGCUGCCGUGGAUGACGAGUAG